AUGGAAGAUGUUGAUGCAGAUUAUUUUGAUCCAUUUAAAGGACCAAUUUGGGAUGAUGAAUGUGAUGAGUUUGAUAAUUAUUUGACUAAGUUGUAUGAGGGGGAGUUGUACAAAGACAAAGGUUUUGAGAACAUUGUGAUUAAGGAGUGGCAAUUGUUUACAGAUAAGCAACAUUUGAGGGAUGUGAUUAGGGAUUAUUGCAUACAAUCUGGUUUUUCAGUGGUUGUUGAUAAAGCAGACAGACUUAGGUACACAAUUAGUUGUAGUGAAGCAAAAUGUGAGUGGAUAUUGCAUGCUUCUAGGCUGCCUGAUGGUGUCACUUGGGCUAUCAAGAAAAUUCAAAAUGCUGAACACACAUGCUUGGGAUAUGGUGUUGAGAUGCCACAACCAAGCUUGUAUAGGGUUAGGAACAUGGCCUUGAGUAUCAUUCAUGGUAGGCAUGAUACAUCAUACAGUGCAAUGCCAUCUUACUGUGAUGUUAUCAAAUCAACAAACGAGGGUUCGUAUGCAAAUUGUGCUUGGUAUCCCCCUACACAUCCUGAUAGACCACUAGUGUUUAUGAGCAUUUUUGUAUCAUUCAAGGCAUCUCUGGAGGGCCUUUUUUCUGGUUGUAGAAGUGUUAUUGGAGUGGAUGGGGCUCAUUUAAAGGGUAAUUAUGGUGGUGUUUUGUUAUCUGCAAUUGCCCUUGAUGGCAACAAUGAAAUGUUUCCACUGGCAUGGGGUAUUGUUUCAUGUGAGGAUGAAGAGAGUUGGAAGUUUUUCAUUUGGUAUCUUAAGCAUGUACUGGAACCAAGUAACAGAGGCGACAAUUGGUGCAUAAUAUCUGACAGACAGAAGGGAAUUGAGAAGGCUCUCACUGAUUUGUGGCCUAAGGCGCAAAGAAGGUAUUGUUGCAGACACCUUAGUGCCAACUGGAAGAAGUCUUUUCAUGGGCCUAAGUUAUGGCAAUUGUUUUGGCUAGCAUGUGGGGCCUUCUCAACCUUCACAUUUGCAAAGGCCAUGAAUGAGAUUGAAAAAAACAACCCUGAUGCAAGGAGAUGGCUUGCUAAUUUGGGUCCACAGGAGAGAUGGACAAAACAUAAAUUUGACCCUAAAUUGAAGUGUGAUGUUAACACGACAAAUUUUGUGAAAAGCUUCAAUGCAACCCUAGGAACUGACAGGUGCAAGCCAGUGUUAAGUUUGUUAGAGGGAAUUAGGAGAGUAACAAUGGUUGGGUUAGCAACAAGGAGGCAGAAGUGUGAAGAAUGGGAGAGGCUGUGUCCAAACAUUGCGAAGAGAGUUCAAGUAUUGUGCAAUGAGAGUAGGUCUUGCAGGGCUUUCAUUUCUAGUCCAGGGGAGUAUGAGGUGGUGGAGGGUAAAUCAACUUUGGCUGUCAGUUUGAACCAACGCACAUGCCUUUGCAAUGUCUGGCAACUCACUGGCAUACCAUGUAAGCAUGCAAUGAGAGCGAUACUUCAUGAAGAUAAGUGGCCAGCAACUGAACACCCUACUAUAUUACCUCUUGUGCUCAAAAGAGGUGUUGGUAGGCCUUGUAGGAACCGAAAGAGAGGUGAUGAUAAAGAGAGGAAGGCAAAGAGGAGCAAGACAAUAAAAUGUGGGAAGUGUGGGGAUUUUGGUCACAACAAGUCCAGUUGCAAGGGAGGGGCAACAAAAAAACAGAAGGCAACAGUAACAAACACUAAUGAUGCUUCAACUUCCAAGUGCAAGGGAAAGAGCAAAGCAAAAUGA